UGUUUUUGAUGACAUAAUACAAGGUCAAGCUCCAAAUGUCACUUUCACCGUCAAUGGAAGAGAGUAUCAUAUGACUUACUAUCUUACCGAUGGUAUUUAUCCGAAAUGGGCAACUUUUAUCCAAUCUAUUCCAAUACCACAAGGUCCGCAAGCAGUUUUAUUUGCUCAACGUCAAGAAGCUGUCCGAAAAGAUGCCGAACGUGCUUUUGGAGUCUUGCAAGCUCGCUUUGCCAUUGAUAAAAAUCCAGCGUUGUUUUGGGAUAAAGCCAAAAUUGGAAAGAUAAUGAGAGCAUGUAUCAUACUCCAUAAUAUGAUUGUACAAGGCGAACGAGAUGGAUACACUCAAUUUAAUGUUUCAGAGUUCCAACAAGGGGAAGACCACGGAAGUUCACAUGUCGACCUCACGUAUUCUACAGAUAUCCCUUCAAAUAUCGCAAAUAUGAUGGAUGUUCGAACAAAGAUUCGUGAUAGACAAAUGCAUCAACAACUGAAAGAUGAUUUGGUUCAACAUAUUUGGCGUAGAUUUGGACGUGACGAAGACAACAACUGAUCUCCCAUGCUUCUUUCAAAUAUUAUUCGUUUAUUGUAAUAAUCUUUGUUUUCAUGUUUUUAUUUAAAAGUUUUUGUUUAAAAUGUUAUAUUUUAUUAUGUUUUAUGUAAUAUAAAAUUUUUAAUUUUAAUAAAAUGUUUAAUAUUAUUUUAUUUUUAAGAAACCCAAAAUAAGAGACUUGCAAUGGAGGCAUACAAAUAUACAGUUUCUUAAUCAAGUCUCUUAAUCAACUUUAUUGAUUAAAUACAAUUAAAAAAAAAAUAAGAUACCCAUUAUGGGGUUGAGGGAUAAUGGUGCUCUAAGAGCAUCUCUAUCGUUUUGAUACUCUCACCCGUACUUUGUUAAUCUAAUAAUAUUAUUUAUUAUAUUUUAGGUGUGUAAUUAAAAUUUAUCUUAUAAAUAAAAAAUAAACUAGUUGAAAAAUAUGUGGCAAAUAAAUAUCUUACAAAAUUCUUAAAGCUUUUCAUUUGAAAAACGGUUUCAGAGAGGAGCAUCUAAUCUAAUACUAUAAAGUAGAGCUACUCUCUUCUCUGGUGUUGCCACGUAACUAAAUAGUCUCACCAGAGGCCGACAUUUGUCCUCCUUUUCAAAACUUCGCGUUUUAUUAAUAUGACAUAUUGUGGGUUUUUGGCUUUUUAUUUACCGUAGAGGCCCAUAUCUUCUUUUUGAACUGGACGCUGAUUCUAAGGUUUGGCAUCAUCUUCCGUUUCCGACAUCGAACUCGCGUCUCUGCAAAAACACAGUAUCUUUCUCAAAUCUUUACCUCCCAAAUCUGUUCAUAUCCAUCUAUUUGUUUGGCUUCAUCCAACGUAUUCUUCUUUAAGUUGACAAUAAAUAUAUUCUUUCCAUUAAAACGAGUAACAAUAUCUGGCUCUUCGUCUCCUUUCACAGACAAUCAAAACUGUAACAUCGCCUCAAAUUCUAUAAAUUGGAGAUGGUCGAGAGUAGGAUGAAUCUUCAUAGACCCUCUCAGUUUAUCUUUUAUCUUAAACAUAGAAACCUGCCUCGAAUUUGUCUUUAUCUGUUGUUGUUGUUGUUGUCGAAGCACUCAUCCGCCACUCAAUAUUUGACGUUCUCCGACUAGAUAGAUCUUCCCAAUUCAUUGUUUCUAGGCUAAGAAGAACCGUGAUGGGAGUCACUUUACUUCUCAUUGAUUAGAAGGAUUCGGUGGUAGGAUUCGGUGAUCAAAGGAAUCAGUAUUCUUAACAUCUGCUUCAGCUUAGGAGGUGCAGUUGGAAAGUAUUUUCCCUGUAUCGAUUCCAAGUCAGAGAUCAAAAAGAAAGAACUUGUCUCGAAUUAGCGAUCUCAACAAAAUCAUCUCCAACUCUAACGAGCAGGACGAGCUUAUGUGGGGUGCGGCAUGGCUGCUGAAAGCAACCAAUGAUCUGUAUUACAAAAACUUCAUAGAAUCUCUAGGAGAUGGAGAUCAGCCUGACAUCUUCAACUGGGACAGCAAAUAUGCUGGCGCCUAUGUUCUUCUUUCACAGUGAGAAUUACUUAACAAAGACAUCAACUUUGAACUACGCAAGAUCCUCCCAGACGCAAGAUCCUCCCAGACGCUCCCUCUAAGUCUACCCAUUACACUCAAGGAGGCUUGAUGUACAAGUUACCUCAGAGCAACCCAAAAUAUAACCGCCAUAACAUUCUUGCUCACAACCUACGCCAAAGUACAUGAAAGCCAAACAACACACAUUCGACUGCGGAAACUCCACAACCAUCGUCCUUAACGCCUUGAUAAGCGUAUCGAAGAAACAAGUGGAUUACAUACUCGGCGCUAACCCAAUAAAGAUGUCGUAAAUGGUUGGGUUCAGACCGAGUUUCAACACCAGUGAAACUCCAUUAGUUGAAGGCAAAGUUGUCCAAGCAUCUGCUACCACUUCUUCCAGCAACACGGCUGCAGCUGGUGGUGGCAAAGAAGGUGGAAGCAAACUCCCCUAUGAGUGAGGUUUUAAGCUGUGAAGCCGGUCAGCCCAACGUACUUUCAUCAUUUACAAUUUUUUAAAUUGUUAUGCUUUACCUAUUUUGGACCUUGCAAUGCUUUCCCUAUUUUCAUGUUUUGUUUUUUUUCAACCAAUUACGGCAUUACCUCUCAUGAGGAGAAUAGUUUCUAAGAUUUAAUAUAAAAUAGUCAGGGUUGACUUAAUCUUUCUAUUCAGGUUAACAAAAUGCAUAACUGCAUGUUUACAUAGUAAAAUAUAUAGCUCACGCAUAUUUUUCAUUAACAUUCGCUCUUUACACGUAAAGUGUUGAAAGUAUAUUUUCGAUGAAACUAUAUAUUACCCACUUGACGAUUUUUAAAAUUUAUCUAAAGUUACAGAUCAUAUACAUCCAAUUAAUCACUCUAAACAUACACUUUUACCAUUUUCCACAAAAUAAGAAAACAAAACUAAGUUGAGAGUCUUGGGACAUACAAUUACAGAACCUCGAUUUGAAGUGGCGAGACAUAGAACCCUAUACUUAAGUAAUUCACCCAAAAAACAAUCUACUCUAACUGUCGAUAUUAGAUUCCUAAUAAUAUAAUUGGAGAAAUGUCUAUAUAGAUUAACAUAAAUGUCUCUCUUCUCUCUCAACAAGAUUAAAACAAUAAGAACUAUCUCUUCUACAAAACACACUUAUAAUCUUUUUUCACCUAAAACUUUUUGAAAAACAACAAUCAUUAUCAUACACAUCUUUUGCAAAUGCAAAUGCAAACCAAAAACAACCCACAAAAAAUAAUAAUCUAAAUCACAAGUAAAGUAUAUCCCGUCCGUAGGGCGGGCCGAUCCUAGUAACAAAUAUUUCAAAAAAAGAGAGAGAUCAUUUUCUUUUUUUUGGUGAGAAUUAAACAAGAUAUUGUCGAAGUAAAUGCUCUAAGAAUUGUUCACAGCCUCACUCGCUCGGUUAGUUCACAAGAACUUUUAAAAUUCCAUCUAAUUUAGCACUUUUCAAUCUAGUUUGACAUUAACAUAUGAUAUAUGAUGUUUUCAAAAAAAAAACAUAUGAUAUAUUAUGUCCCAUCGUUUUGGGAGUCUAAAGCCCCAAAGAAAAUGCGGCAUCGUUACAAACAACAUGUGCCCCAAAAACAGUAAUAGAUGGAAAGAAAUGAGAAUUUAGUUACCGAAGUGUUAACACCGUAAUCUCAACAGCGAAUUUUGGACUAGAUAACCGUUUAACCAAACUUAUAUUUCCAAAGAUAUAGCCUUUUAAUUUUGAUUAUAUUUUGGGGUUUGAAGGAAUAGUAUUUUUUUUUUUUUGCCUUAUACUAGAGGCAACGAGUCUGCAAAAGGUUUCUAAAAAAUGUAUGAUAUUGAUGUAUAAAAAUAUGAAGUUGGAGUACUGACGUGAAAUGUAAAUAUUUACGGAAUAAGAGCUGAUUUUUUUUUCUUUUUCGACAAAAUACAGAGGUGCAUUUCUAUUUUGUUUUUCACUUAAUAUAUAGAUGAUGCUAAUGACGAUUGACAGCUGUAUUAGGUCCGGUUAAUUCGGACAUAUUUUAAAAAUGCUGCUAUAAUAAAAGUAUGAAAAACUUGAUAUUUUAUUGAGUAUUGACAUCCUGGAAUGUUUUUAUUAAUAAGAGUUUGGAUAUUUCAAAUCUCAAUCGUUGUGUUACAGAGCAUUUUCCUUUCUUAAUGAGCGUUUGAAUGUUUCAACUUCAUUAAAAUAUUAUUACUAUAUUACGAUAAUUUGCCACAAGACUUUUUUUUAGUCUUUUUAUAGUCUUUAAAUAAGAGUUGUAGAAGAAAUAUCAAACCAAACAUGGCCCGUUAAGGCAUUAUCCCAAUACGUUUAAACAUGAUUAUGAUUAGUACAAUAUCAGAAAACAGUUCUUCUGUUUGUCAGACUUAUUAGCGUGUGUAUGCUGUUGUGCACAGAAGUGUUAUGUAUAAUAAUUAUGGUUGUUGUCAUUACAGAUGUCCAUAAAUAUUAGCAACUAUCACAACUUUGAUUAGUUGUUAUGUUUGUUACAUCUUUGCUUUUGACAUUUUCUCCCACUCUCAAUAUUCUGUAAAAGCUUCAAGCAAAAAGAGAUGGUGAAUCUUACUAAUCGACCGCCGCCACCACCACCUCCACCACCACAGUUCAGAUCCAUUUCGUCCCGGUCAAAUUUAAUCCAAAGACUAACAAGAAGUCAACCAGUGCCUAGACCACCACCACCACCGUCAUGGCCACGACCACUGCGACUAAUUUCACGACCCCCGCCACGACCACCACCACCUCGGCCACGACCACCGCCACCGCCACCACCAUUUGUGCCGAUUCUUCCUCUACCGCAUUUAAUAAUAAGUAGAAGAAGAAGAAAAUUGUACCAUAAACGCAUGUUGACCUGGUACUUGAUCACCCUCAUGAUGCGUCAAAAACUCCAAACCCUAAAUCAGAAACCCGAAGAGACAAGAGAAGCAUGGGUGAUCUCGAUCAAAGAAAAAAUGGAUGCAACACUUAGAGUCGACGCAACAACUAGCAGAGACAAGCUCUGUAUCUAUAGAGUUCCACGUUACCUUCAAGAAAACGACAAGAAGUCCUAUUUUCCUCAAACGGUCUCGCUUGGUCCAUACCACCAUGGCAAAGAACAUCUACUGCCUAUGGAACAUCACAAAUGGCGUGCGGUCAAUAUGGUCAUGAAACGCACCAAGCACAGCAUCGAAAUGUACAUUGACGCCAUGAAAGAGCUUGAGGAGAAGGCUCGUGCUUGUUAUGAAGGUCCUAUUGGUUGGAGUAGUAACAAGUUCGCAGAAAUGAUGUUUCUUGAUGGUUUGUUUAUUCUUGAGCUCUUCAGAGGAGCGGACAACGAUAAAGGAUUUUUGGUACUCGGGUAUGGUCGUAACGAUCCGGUCUUCGCAAUGCGGGGGUCGAUGCAUUCGAUUCAACGUGACAUGGUAAUGCUUGAAAAUCAAAUUCCUUUGUUCGUACUUAACCGGUUAUUAGAGCUACAACUUGGUCCAGAAUACCAAACCGGUUUAGUUGCGCAACUAGCAAUUCGGUUCUUUAACCCGUUAAUGCCAACCGAUAAGUUAGCAACGAAAACUGACCAGCUAGAAAUUAAGAUCUCGUUAGAAAACGAUAACUUCUUUAACCCAAUCGCUGACAAGGACAAGGAAGAGUUGCAUUGUCUAGAUGUUUUCCGGCGAAGUUUGCUCCGGCCUAGUCAAAAACCGGAGCCGAGGUUAUCACGAACUAGAUGGUCGUGGAAAAGGCGUGCGGCGGACAAGCGCCAACAACAACUAAUACACUGUGUGACGGAACUGAGAGAGGCUGGUAUUAAAUUCAAGAGAAGGAAAACCGACCGGUUUUGGGAUAUUCGGUUUAAAAACGGUUACCUGGAGAUACCCAAACUACUUAUCCAUGAUGGUACCAAAUCUCUCUUCUCCAAUCUUAUAGCUUUUGAGCAAUGCCAUAUUGACUCAAACAACGACAUAACAUCCUACAUAAUCUUCAUGGAUAAUUUGAUAGACUCUGCCGAAGAUGUUAGAUACUUGCACUAUUGUGGCAUCAUCGAACACUGGUUAGGAACUGAUUCCGAAGUUGCAGAUUUGUUCAACCGGCUAUGUCAAGAGGUGGCUUUCGACCUCCAAGAUAGCUAUUUAUCUGAAUUGUCCAAUAAGGUUGACCACAAUUAUAACCGAAAGUGGAAUGUUAUGAAGGCAACCUUGAAACACAAGUAUUUCAAUAAUCCAUGGGCAUAUUUCUCUUUUAUCGCUGCAGUUAUCUUGCUACUUCUCACAUUGUUCCAGAGUUUUUUUACUGCUUAUGCUUACAUUAAACCACCUUCUUGAUUUUC